AUGGCUUCUGAUAAGUCGAAACGCGAUAUUGCAGACUUCUUUCGACCCUAUGCAAAACCAAACCCGCCAAAGACCGUCCCCGCAAAGCGUCCUUCGCCUACGUCCAACGAUGAGCUCGAUGGCAGAACCAUCUUUGCGGGUAGGCAGGUAAACCAGGCUGAGCCGCGGACGCCUUUGACAGCUUCUCGUUUCAAGGGUGCGGUGUGUUCGCCAUACAAGUCACCAUUUGGGCCACGAUCUGGAGCUUCGGUCACUAUUCCAAUUCGAAGCCCGAAGCCUAGUCCAUACCAAACACCUUCCAAAACUCUAACACCUGGUCCUGCCACAUCACAACAUGGACGGCUUUUUGCAAGGACAGAGGAUGGAACGAGCCAAGAGAAAGGGUCAUUAUCCUUCGCGGACAUACCAACCUCUGCGCGAAGCAUAGUUAAGAAUGGACAAGUCGUUGCUGUGAGAGGCUCCGAUGAGGAAGACUCAGAUUCACUGUGCUCGCUCGAUGAUAUACUAGGUAGCAACCGAGGUGAUGCAACUACGGGAUCCUCUUCGCCACCAGAUGCUAAGGAGGAUGACCUGGAAACAGAGCGCGUAAGAAGCUUGAGCAUUUUCACGCAUGGGAGAUCGAAUGCUCUAGUUGGGAGAGAUAAACUGCGGGAGCUGACGUCAAAAGCGAACGAUCUUAACUUCGACAUCAGUCUGCUUGUGGGUGAUCACUUUGACGACGAGGAGAUCGAAGCAAAUGUUGCGAAAGCAAAACAAGGAUACAAGGCAUCGGAUGACCAAGAAAGGCUUAAAGGGCAGGGAUUGUUCGAUAAGAAGCUACUUGCUUCGGUCGCUGGCGGAGAAGAAGGCAGCGGUGACAUGCAGAGGUUGUUCAAUGCCGUUGAACGCAUAGAUGCUCUGGCCAUCGAUCAUACCUGGUCUAUGUUUGGUUCUUCGCCAGUACCAGCGUCCUCACCUUCCCCAUAUCCUUUUCCUAGCAACGCUGAAGAGACGGACUUAUGGCUUGCAUCUCUCAAUGAUCCUACUUUAAGACAACGGGCCUAUCUUUCGGGUUAUGUCGCAGAGAAGGUCGCCGACGGCGCUGUUCCAGAUAGCCUCGUAGCCUUCACGUUCGAUAACAUCGUCAAGGAGCCACGGGACGAUCUCAAAGAGUCUUAUGUGGAAGUAGUCAAAGCAGCGAGCCAGUCCUGGACUCGCAAGAACUUGGGACCCAGCCUGAUUGAGCAAGCAUUCUGUCAAUUGGGAGCCGACUCAGUCAUCGUCAAGUGUGCUAACGACAUAAACCCAGAACCGAGCGCGUCGGCUAAGGAUAGCACUGUCCUUUGUCAGCACCUCCUGCCUUUGAUCAGGACAUUAAAGUGUCUAGCCACAGAUCUGAUACCAGAAGCGCUCUCGAAAUUUGUCAAGUUGUUGAUGCGAUUAGCCAUUGAUAACCAUUUGAUGAGCAACAGCGGUACUUGCAUCGUGGUCGAAGACGCUAUCUCGAGUCUUCUCGAUCACAGUGAGGAGAUUGUUUCAUUAUCAGCUGCUCAAUGCAUCCUUGAAGACGUUGGCUUACGUGUCAAAGCCCCAUAUCUACAAAUUCAAGUUUUGAAACACAUUCUUCCUAUCUCACCUAUUGCUGCAUCUCUCCGGAUUCAACUAGCAAAUCUAUUCUUACAAGGCGCAUUGGACGAGGACACUAUUAUCUUUACACCAACGGCCCCUGGUAUCAGCCUUGGGGACCUUACAACUCACCUCGAUGAUCCUCGAUACGACAUCUCCCGCUCUAACCGGCAGGACACUCCGUUCGACUACGGCACCCUCUCAUGUUCGAUAUACAUCUUCGACGCCGCCCUUGCCAACGGCGGCCGCCCGUCAGCUUUUCCAGAUACGUCGAGCGAGCGCGAAUUUAACAACAACAUCGACAUCCUCGUUGGCCGCAUCAAAUCCAUUAUGAUAUCUAUAGCCGACACCGGCGCCUCCCACAUGCGCCGAACAGAAGCCAAGGAAGCGCUCAAUGCGCUGCAUUUCCGUCUGUUGUACGGGGUGAGGACGAUGCCUCGGCCUAAGAAGUCGGUGUUUGGCGGCAGAGAUGGGGAUGAGUAUAGGGCGGAAGAGAGGAGCAAGAGCAUGAUGCAGCACUUUCUGAAGAAAAGGAAGACCGAGCAGAAGGGCUUGCCGGGGAGGGAUACAAAUUGGAUGGCUGGGCAGGAUCUCCCGGGUAGUUCGUCGCAGAAAUCGGAGUUUGAGGAGUUGAACAGGCGGCAGCUCAGACUUCAGAGCUAG